GGCGUAAUGAGUCGUUUUGGAUUUUACUUCGUUUUCAUCUUUCUCUUAAUCAAAUACCCGAGUUUAGUCCUCUUUAUUUGUUUUGCUGUUUAUGUUUAUGUUCAUUAUCGGACGCGUUGAAACGCUGCAUUGUGAAAUAAUGGCAUUUUGGGAUGGAAGGUGAUGAGCGGCGUGGACUCGAGUCAUCUGGGGCGGUUUGUGCCUUUGGGCGGAUAUCUCUUCCGACACGUCACCGAGAGAGAUCUCGUCCUUGGAGCCUCAAAUCCAAAUGUCGUCACAGAUAAGUUGUGGGCUGUGAUCUUCCCGCGGUCGGCACGUUGUCGUCAUCAGCAUCAACAUCACUGCGAGGAGGUGACGUUCAGGAGUUGGCUGAUAAGAUGCAUUUAAAACGACGCUGUGCCACCGCCAAACUACUUGGUGCUAACCUAAGGAAGUUGGAUGUCUUCAAGUCGUCUGUCCGCACCAAUGGGUCUCUUACUGUCAGUUUGGUUGAUCAAGAAAGUCAACGGUCCUCCCCCCUGCUCAUCAGUUUUCAGUUCACUGGCUGCUCCGACCCCCUCACGGCUCCAAAUAAUUCUGAACUCCUCUCCAACAGUGGAUGACAAUCACUCCCGUUGGAGCUCCGUCCAUUGCUCACCGCACUUUCUAGUCUCUCCCUGCAAACAAAAAGUGACACGUACUCCUGCGGAGCUCAGCAGUGACGGGGUAAGGGCUGAAGAAGGGGUGAUGACUGGGCUUCAUGUCUGGGAGGUCUUGUGGGAUCCACGUCACAGAGGAAGUCAUGCUGUCAUCGGAGUCUCCACCAAGAACUGUCCUCUUCAGGCUUCAGGAUAUAAGGUGUUGGUGGGAGGUGAUAAACAGUCUUGGGGCUGGGAACUCAAAACCAAUAAACUUUGGCAUGAUGGUCGAAGCCAAGUUCUGUAUCCUGGCAAUGGAAAAACUUCCCAACGCAGGAGAGCUGAGGAGUCCCGCCAUGUCCACUCAAAAGUCAAGACAGACAUGUUCCCUAUUCCGAAGUGUGUCCUGAUGGUCCUGGACACUGAUGCAGCGACUCUUGGUUAUGUUGUGGAUGACUUCUUUCUUGGUGUUGCAUUCAGGGGUUUACCUCGUGGGGUAGAGUUGUUUCCUUCAGUGAGCAGUGUGAGAGGAGGAGCAGAGAUUCGACUACGCUACCUGAAUGGUGCAUCAGGUUACCCUCCUUCCUUGAUGAGUUUAUGCAGACUGUCUAUUCAGCAGAAUUUGGGGCGGCAGAGGCACAGUCAAUUGGACAAACUCCAUCUUCCCCCUUUACUUCAGCAAUACCUGCUUUAUACUUAGUUUAGUCACUACUGUACCACUGUACAAUGAAAUUGUUGAUUGUUUACUUCUGAGUAUUCCGUUCAUGUACAGAAUAAUUUAUCCAUCAGUUUAUUUGUCACACAUUAUUUUAGUUUCUGUCAGAAUGCUAUGUUGUAUUAUAAAAUGAUAAUUUUUUUUUUCAUAAAAAUGUCUCUAUUUUUCCUGUAUCCUUACAAUGAUGGGUCAACAACACUUGACACACGUGUGUGUGUGUGUGUGUGUAUGGGCGUGUUUUACCAUACUUAUGAGUACUAAGUCUUGACACGCCACCUUCUUAUGAGGACAUUUUGCUUUAUGAGGCCUGUCCUGAUAAGGUUUAGAGGGUUAAAAUGUCAGUAAAAUUAGUUCAUUAUAAUUGGGUGCAAGUUUGUUUCAGAGUCAUGGUUAAGGUGAGCCAUUUGUUUUGAAUGGUUAGGUUUAGGAUGAGAGGCUGGGGAAAGCAU